CCCAAACACCCUCUUUAGUCUUCACCCACAACUAAAACAUUCUCAAGACCCCCAAAAUUCAAUUCCAAUUGAUCAAUUCAGCUGCUCUGUUCUCUCAACCGCAUACAUAAUAAUUAUAGGGAAGAGAAAAACAAUGGUGUCGGCGAACAGGGAGAUGGCUGUCUACUGCUUCGACACUCUGAUCGCGCACUACAAUCGCGACGAGGUUCCUCCCCCCGAUUUCAACGACGGCGAGCAUCCAUUGUUUGUAACGUGGAAGAAAGCGACCAAUGGUCGCGAACCAAGUCUACGUGGAUGCAUAGGGACUUUGAAAGCUCUCCCCAUAAUGAAUGGAUUCAGGGAAUAUGCUUUAACAAGUGCCCUCAAGGACCGACGGUUUCCCCCCAUAGAAGCUAAAGAGCUUCCUGAUUUGGAAUGUACAGUUUCAAUACUGACUAACUAUGAAACUGCAAAUGGCUACCUUGAUUGGGAGGUUGGGAAGCAUGGAAUAAUUAUUGAAUUUAGUGAUCCCAACUCUGGUAGAAGGCUAAGUGCCACCUACUUACCUGAGGUUGCUGCUGCUGAAGGCUGGACGAAUAUACAAGCAAUCGACUCACUGAUUAGAAAGGCAGGUUACACUGGCUCCAUUCCCUCAAAGCUGCGAGAGAGCAUUCGGCUCACCCGUUACCAAAGCUCACUAUUUACCAUGGGCUUCGGUGAAUACGCAUCCUAUGUCAAGACCCUCAGAGGUGCUUCACCCGUUAUCAAUGGCGCGAAACCAGGGAAUCAAUAGAUGGUUCGUCUUCCUCGUAUUUUGGAGCUCAAAAAACUUAUGGGGGGUUCAAUUAAUCCACCCUUUGUAAAAAAAAAGUACCAUUGUGUAAUAAAUUCUGUGUUAUUCUCUUGUUUGCUUAGCUAUAUGCAUUCUGUGUCCCCAAGUCUUUUUCAAUAUUUAAGACUUACUGAGUUCCUGAAGUAUGAUGAGUGGGUUUUAGAAAUGAUAUAUGGGUUCUCUUUUGUCCUCCAAUUUGUUUUUUUCCCCAAUCGGUAAAAAUAGAUUAUUAUUUUUGUG